CGUCUCGUCUUAUUUUUAUGCAAGUGGCAAAAUCAUUUGUUAUUUAUUAUUUUAAAUUAAUUAAUUAUUUCUCAUUUGGAUUAUUUAAUGAUCGAAAUGUAAACGAUCGUACUGCCAUCUUACGGCUGGAUGCGUUAUUAUUUUACCCAAUACAAAACAUGUGAGUAUGGGAAAUGACCUUAUCUGGAUAAUUAAUCUGUGGCCUUAUUGUGACGUCAAGUUAACAUCAAAGCGUACACUUUCAAAACGAAACGAACAGGCUUAGGUAAUAUUUACUCUAUGGUCGAAAUACGACUCUGUGUGAGACUAUGAAGUUUUGGAGCACUUUGUAAUUUAAAAACUGAUUCCAAAAUUACAGUUUUAAAUAUUUUUAUAAAGAAUACAUAUCAUGAAAUUCUUUAAAUAAAUUUUACUAUACUUUAUUCACAAUAACAUCGAAAAGGUUCGAAUAACAGAAACAAAUACUAAACUAAACCAGAAUUUUUAAAUUAAUUUAUUCGAAUGCAGCUUUGAUAUUAAAACAGUAGUUAUAACACGAAUUAAUAGAUAUAUUUAAGCGUUUACAUGAUAAAUGUGAGAACACAUUUCACCCGCUUGCACAUGCUGCAAGCUAGACGUCGAUUUCAUUAAAUAUCACGUGAUACAUUCGGGAAAAAAGUUUAUUGGUUAAAAUUGUUCCUCUACGCUGUUCAUUGGACAUAACAAGCCACGUGAUUGAAUUUUAUAAUUUGCACGAAAUAGUUGGAUGAGGAGGUAACGUUCGUUUUUUUGGCGGGGAUUCGUUUGGAUUGCGUUUAUAGUCGUUUCGUUGAAGUAAAAAAUGGCAGGAGGCAAAGCUGGAAAAGAUUCGGGAAAAUCGAAAGCGAAAGCAGUUUCUAGAUCUGCAAGAGCUGGAUUGCAGUUUCCUGUUGGACGUAUUCAUCGUCAUUUGAAAAGCAGAACUACAAGUCAUGGACGAGUUGGAGCCACAGCUGCCGUCUACAGUGCAGCUAUAUUGGAAUAUCUUACUGCUGAAGUUUUAGAAUUGGCAGGCAAUGCGAGUAAGGAUCUGAAAGUGAAGAGAAUUACUCCUCGUCAUCUUCAGUUAGCAAUUCGUGGGGACGAAGAGUUGGAUUCUCUUAUAAAAGCCACUAUAGCUGGUGGUGAAUUGGCAGGCAAUGCGAGUAAGGAUCUGAAAGUGAAGAGAAUUACUCCUCGUCAUCUUCAGUUAGCAAUUCGUGGGGACGAAGAGUUGGAUUCUCUUAUAAAAGCCACUAUAGCUGGUGGUGGUGUCAUUCCACAUAUCCACAAAUCUCUCAUUGGAAAGAAAGGAUCACAGAAAACACCAUAG